GCGGGCUGAAGAUGUCUGACCUCAGCCAGGUUGCGGUGUACUCCGACUCUUCAGACAUCUAUAAGAAUGUGUUCUGCAACCCUGCCUUUGAGCUGGAGGGCGAGCGAGAGGAGCGAGUGGAGGGGUUCAGGACAUCCUCGUCCACCCCGGAACCAAUCAAACCGCCGGCGGCUGGUCUAGGCCGGGGUCUGUUUGGGGUGUGUGCGAUGCGUCUGCGGGGCCCGGGUUGUGGCUGGGGGGUCGUGGCCGUCUCUGCCGCCGCCCUGCUCCUGUUGGCGGCCCUCGGACUGGCGCUGGCUCUCAUCCUCACGCAGAUGAAAGGCCAGGCAGUGGAGGAUGCGUCGCCGUCCACCAGCUCUCCAUUCGGCCUGAAUGGAGGAGGUGGAGGCGCCCAAACUUCACCCACAACCUCCGUCAACAGAAGUCAACAGGGAAGUACAUCUGCUCCUCAGCCGGCGAGGAUCCCGACAUCUGAAACACGUGACUGCUUCAAGCUAAAUGGACAUUCACAUUGUAAUUUGUAAAAACAUUUUUUUUAUUCUCGGCUGAAACCUGGUUGUCCCCUUUGUCUCUCAGGUUGCGGAGGCGUGUUGACCGACUCGGAGGGCAGUUUCAGUUCUCCAAACCACCCCGGAUCCUACCCCCCCGACUCGCUGUGCGUCUGGGUGAUCCGAGUGGCGCCCACCCACCAGGUCCAGAUCCACGUUUCCUCUCUGACCGUCGAGGGGCCGUCUCCAUGUCUGUUUGACUGGCUGGAGGUGCAGGAGCAGAUGGAGCGGAGCUCCGUGGUCACCAGGUUCUGCGGGAACGUCGCCCCAGCGACAGUGAACACAAACAGCAGCUCGGUGUGGGUCACCUUUCGAUCCGACGGCAGCAUCGCGGGCAGCGGCUUCACCGCUCAAUACAGGGCCAUGCUGCCCGGACACAAGAGCUGCUCCAGAGAGGAGUUCCUGUGUGACGGCGGUCGCUGCCUGCUGCCCGUGUCCGUGUGCGACGGUCAUCCAAACUGCCACGACCAAACAGACGAGGCCAACUGCAGCCAUAAGCAUAAAGACUGCGGUGGGCAGAAGACGGGGCCGAGUGGUUACAUCUCAAGUCCAAACCACCCCGGGCCUUACCCUCACCAGCAGUUGUGCACAUGGUACAUAUCCGUGGAGGAGGGUCACGUCAUCACGCUGAGCUUCAAGAACUUCAGCCUGGAGACUCAGGACGUGUGCGAGUUCGACUACGUGGAGGUGCACGACAGCGUCAACACUGGAGAUGGAAGAGUGCUGGGAAGGUUUUGCGGGACCACCUUCCCUCCAGACCUGACCUCCUCCAGCCCCUACAUGACGGUGGUGUUUGUGGCUGAUGAGGGAGUGGCCGACAGCGGCUUCAACGCUACGUACCAGGCAGUGUCCGUCCUGGGCAGGACGUGCGGUCCCAGCCAGUUUGGCUGCAGCACAGGGGAGUGCCUUCAGCAGCAGUGGUUGUGUGACGGAUGGAACGACUGCCCCGACGGAGCAGACGAGCGGGGCUGUGGCAACUCCACCUACCCUCCCUUCACUUCCUCGUGCGAGGUCAUCGAGGUCGAGAUGUGUCUCGGCCUCAGCUACAACCUCACCUCCUUCCCAAACAUCUGGCUGUCCAUUGCUGACCAGGGAGAGGCAGCCACGCUCCUGCGACAGUACCGGGUGCUGAUGGAGCUGGCGUGCUUCGAGCCCCUGCGGAUGCUGGUGUGCGGGAUGUUCCUGCCCCAGUGCAGCGCUCGGGGAGGCGUCCUCCAGCCCUGCCGCUCCGUCUGCUCCUCUGCCGAGCAGCAAUGCAGCCAAGCCCUGGACCUCUUCUCCUUCAGCUGGCCCUUCAACUGCCACCUCCUGCCGGACUCGCAGGACCCCGUGGAGUGCUCGCUGCCUUGAUGUUUACGGGGGUGUUUUUGUUAGUAAGAGAUGAUCAUCUCCACCCCGUCGCCUUUUGACCUUUCAACAGAACAUUUCACUUCAGUUUGAGGACCGAACAGCCGGCAUCUUACAGAACUGAAUACUUAUUUUCUGGACUCGGGCCAGCAGGUCCUCGUUGUAGAAAGCGGUUUUGACUUGUAGCGUGAACACAAACCUCAUUAAAAAACCUUUGAAGCUUGUGGUGCAUGCAGACUAUCGGUGCACAGUAGCCUUUUAAAAAUAAAAGCUCUGAUGUGCAUAAAUACAA